ACUCAGCAGAAGAGUAAAAGGAUGGCGGAGGACGGGAGGGAUGAGUUGGUGGCCACUGACGAUGAGUCCGACCACACAGCUGCAGACGGGAGCAGCAGCCUAAACAACACGGUGGUGGAAGAGGGCUCCACUCUCGUGCGCAGAAUGGAGAUCUGUGUUGCUGAGGCCGAGAAAAGGAGUGGUAAAAACGCAGUGAACAUGCAGGAAACGUUCACUGUGUACCUCAUCGAAACACGGCCCAUGGAUGCAGUCACGGAAGGUCGUAACCCAGCCCCUGACUCUCUGUGGAGGAGAUACAGUGAAUUUGAACUGCUGCGUAACUACCUGUUAGUUACCUAUCCAUACAUCGUGGUCCCCCCUUUGCCUGAGAAGAGGGCGGAGUUUGUGUGGCACAAGCUGUCUGCCGACAACAUGGACCCAGACUUUGUGGAGCGGCGCAGGAUCGGGCUGGAGAACUUUCUGCUUCGCGUGGCAUCACACCCAGUCCUCUCCAAUGACAAGAUCCUCCACCACUUUCUCACUGAGGAACAUGGCUGGAAGGAAGUGGUGUAUGAGACAGGAUUUCAGGCAAAGGCAGAUUCCAGGAUCAGGGCUCUCAGUGCCACCUUCAGGGUGAGAAAUCCAGAUAAACGCUUCAUGGAGAUGAAACAUUACAGCGAUCAGCUGCAGUCUCACACAUCUCAGCUGCUCCGAGCACGGGCAAGGGUUGCAGAUCGACUCUAUGGUGUUUACAAGGUCCAUGGGAACUAUGGGAGAGUCUUCAGUGAGUGGAGCGCCAUAGAAAAAGAGAUGGGAGACGGACUGCAAAGUGCCGGUCAUCACAUGGAUGCGUAUGCCGCCUCAAUAGAUGAUAUCUUAGAAGAAGAGGAACAUUAUGCAGACCAACUAAAAGAAUAUCUCUUCUAUGCUGAAGCUCUGAGGGCAGUGUGCAGGAAACACGAGCUGACCCAGUUUGAGCUUGAGAUGGCCUCCCAGGACCUCAUCUCAAAGAAGCAGCAACACGAGGAGCUGGCUACAGGGAUUGUGCGGACGUUCUCCUUCAAAGGCAUGACCAACAAGCUUUUUGGCCAAGAGGCACCUGUGCAGAGGGAGGCCAGAAUCAAGCUGCUGGAGGAGCUAAUAGCAGAGGGGGAAGACACCGUCAAGGAGAAAACAGUCGAGUGCGAAGAGCAUGUUGAAAGGGCGUGGGUGGAUAUGCAGCGCUUUAAGGAGCAUAAAGACAAAGAUCUGCGGGAAGCGCUCAUCAACUAUGCUGUCAUGCAAAUCAGCAUGUGCAAAAAGGGAAUACAAAUGUGGAGCAAUGCCAAAGAAUGUUUCCUCAAGAUGUAACAGUGAAGCCAUAUUCAUUAACUGGGCGCAGUGGAUAUGACACAUGCCUUUGGUGUGAGAGACCUGGGUUCAAUUCUCACUGUGAUACAUCAACCAAUGUGUUCCUGAGCAAGACACUUAACAACUAGUUACUCCAGAGGUGUGCGAUCUCUGAUAUAUAUAUAGCAAUUGUAAAUCGCUUUGAAUAAAAAGUGUCAGCUAAAUGACAUGUAAUGUAAAAACAAAUGAAAUUAUGAUAUUGAUAAUUUCCGGGGCAAUGAUUUGAAAGACAUGGCAAUGAAAGUAGUGUAUUUAGUUGAGUCAAAUUUAACCUUCAUUUACUGACUGACUGGUUUGUCUUACAUCGUGGUUACAUUUUUAAUUUUAAAUUUUUUUAUUUCCUGUUUUGGACGCUUGCCAGCAAUAAGCUUUGUGUGUGUGUGUGUGUGUGUGUGUGUGUG